AUGCGUGUGUCCGUGUGCCUGUGCAGUGUAGACCGUGACUGUGGACAGCGGAGCGUCAUAAACUCUAAGAAAUCGUCCAGGGCUACAGUAGUAUUUUCUGGUGUUUUUUUCUCACUGAAUUGGGUUGUAAGAUUCAUCAGAAAUCAGCCCUCCAGGAAGGCUGACUGCACCAACACCGCCUUGGGGUAUCACCUCGGGUGGAGCCGGCAGGAUUAUCAAGGCUGUGCCGCCCUCCUUCCCACCAACAAGCAGAUCCCUAAGCUGAACACCCCAGGCUGCAGGACCCGCCUCCCUGCACGCCCCUGCGUGGCUGCUGCUGGGAGUCUCCCCUGUGGCCACAGGUGGCUGGACCCCUGCCCGCAGUGUGUGCUCAGGGGCCUGGGCCCCAGCGCCAGGCAGCCCUGCUGGCUCUCCUCAGUCCUCGGCUCCUCGCCAUCCGGGAACACCGAACGUGUGGUUGGUGGGCACACGUGGUAG